AUGGAGCACCGGCUACUCCCGGGUAUACCCGAUGAGAUUGGCCAAGAAUGCAUAUUUCGUGAUUGGAAGGCGGAGGUUGAGCCACCGGAGUUUCUCCUGCUGAGCAAAGCCGCCGGUUAUAGCCAACCCAUCGUUGUAAUGGCACCAGCACGGGUUAACAUGAACCUGGAUGCUAGAAACCCAAAAUAUCAUACUCUGCCGGAUUACAGGCUCUCACUUUUUGAACCCAAAACAGCAAGUUGGGCUGAGCUGCCACUGAUGAUCUCUGGGAUUCGUAAUGGGCUGCCCAGGUUUUGCCAAUUGAAUGGGGUCGGGUCAGAUUUGGUUGUGAUGGGCGGGUGGGAUCCAAACACUAGGGAAGUGUCCAAUGUUGUGUAG